AUGCACGCUAAUGUCUCCGUUGCCGGAGAAUUGAAGAGCAGGAAGAAGAAAAAAUCAACCCCCGAAACCCAAUUCCGAUUAAACCUCGAGCAAUGUUCAAAAACCAAAGACCUCCCUACCGCCAUUACGCUUUUCAAUUCUGCCACCAGCGGUGACGGCGAAAUCCACCUUAACCAGCAGCACUUUAACUCGCUCCUCUAUAUCUGCUCCAAUGCAGUCACCUCUCAGGAUCAAUCUCAACGGCACACGGCCGUCGAAUUCGGGUUCAGGGUUUUUGAAUUUAUGCGCUCCAAAAAUAUUACCCCCAGUGAGGCAACCGUCACCGCCGUGGCCCGCCUUGCUGCUGCUAAAGAUGACGGGGAUGCUGCGUUUGAGCUUGCUAAAAGCGUUGGAGGGCUAGGGAGAUUGAGGACCUACAGUUCUGCUCUGUUUUGUUAUUGUAGAAAUGGGAUGGAUGAGAAAGCUGUUCAAGUGGAGGAGCAUAUCGUAUCUCUUGGUUUGCGAUUGGAGGAAUCUGAGCUCGCUGCAUUGUUAAAGGUACAUGUGGAGAAGGGGAAAGGUGACAAGGUUUAUGAAUACAUGCAUAAACUGAGGGCAGCUGUCAGGCAAGUUUCUGAGUCAACAGCAGAUGUUAUGCAGAGUUGGUUUAGUGCAGAGCUUGCCUCGAAGGUGGGUUUGGAGAACCUGGAUAUGGAUCAGGUGAAUGAAGCAAAGUUAAGAAAUGGAGGUGGAUGGCAUGGACUUGGAUGGCUCGGAAAGGGGAAUUGGGUUGUGCAGAAAUCCAAUGUAACCUCAGAUGGAGUUUGUCGUGCUUGUGGAGGCCAGUUGAUCUGUGUUGAUAUCGAGAGAGCGGAGACCGAGCAUUUUGCAGAGUCGAUUGCUUCUUUGGCUCUGGAAAGAGAGGUUCAAUCCAACUUCAAGGAGUUUCAGGACUGGAUGGAUGAAUGUGCUGAAUAUGAAGCUAUAGUGGAUGGAGCAAAUGUGGGCCUUUAUCAACAGAAUUUUGCAGAUGGUGGAUUUAGUAUAUCCCAGCUUGAUGCCGUUGUGAGGGAACUUUACGCCAGGAACAAGAAGUGGCCUCUUGUAAUCUUGCAUCAGAAACGCGUCAAAGGGCUCCUUGAGAAUGCUUCAAGUAGAGAGACUGUUCAGAACUGGAUAGAUCAAGAUGUUCUUUAUGGAACUCCAUAUGGAUCAAAUGAUGACUGGUAUUGGCUUUAUGCUGCUGUGAAGCUUGAGUGUAUGCUUGUGACAAAUGAUGAGAUGAGAGACCACAUAUUUGAGCUUCUGGGCAGCAGUCUUUUCUUUCGAUGGAAAGAAAGGCAUCAGGUGAAAUAUUCAUUUUUGAAAGGAAAACCAACAUUUGUCAUGCCACCCCCAUACUCUCUUGUUAUCCAGGAAUCAGGAACCGGAUCAUGGCAUGUCCCCUUAGCUGGUGACGUUGACGAUGAAUCUUUGAGAACUUGGCUCUGUGUUAAUCGUUCGAGAACCUCUGAUGCUUUGCCUGACAGAUCCACUAGCAAGGAACCUUCAGAAGACUGCCAACACAAUGGUCUUAAUGAGCGUUGUUGCAACUCCGACAUACUUGCUGGAACAAAUAAUGCGGACGAGAUCUGCGACUUCAAGACCACAUCGGUAACAGAUGUAUCUCAGGAAGAGCUUAAUUUGAGUGGAAACAAUCAAUCGCCGGGCAAAACCCUAGAAAAGAAAAUUGGGGAUCUGGGUCAAUCGAUGGAAAAAGGGCAAUCAAAGGAGAGCAAUCAAGAGGUUAUGACGACGGAAUCAACAAGGAAAGGUGAGUCAACAGUGAAGAAACUAACAGAGAAGGAGGACAAGAUCAACGCUUGGGAGAAUUUUGAUGCUCGUGUGGCUAAAAUCUGUCCCCAAAAGGUCGAAGUGGAAGCAGAAUACUGGGCAUCAUCGGUGAUCAGCCACGUCUUAGGAGCUCAUCCCCCGUACAGAGUCAUGAAUGCCUUCUACAGACACCUUUGGGGACACCUGGGAGUUGAUAAGGUUCUACUCUUGCCGACUGGUUUGUUCCUAAUUAUAUUUAAAUCAAUGCAUGCUAGGGAAGAAGCUCUGAAAUUGAAUAUAUACCAUUUUGGAAAUGGGCAUCCCGUUAUUGUUAAACCAUGGACAGUUGAUGAAGGGAUCAAUUAUAAAACUGUAAGUAGUGUGCCUGUUUGGGUCCAAUUUCCUAACUUGGAACUAAAAUAUUGGAAUCCGGAUUCAUUGAGUAGCAUUGCUAGCAUUCUAGGAACACCUAUUAUGACGGAUGAUCUCACAGACAGUAAGAAGAGGGUGCACUAUGCUAGGGUAUUGAUAGACAUGGAAAUUAAGCAAGAAGUUCCUGAUGAGGUGCUAUUUGAGGAUGAAAAGGGAGUAGUGCAGCAUCAGAAAGUCCAUUACGAAUGGAAACCAGUAGUGUGCAAAAGCUAUGAUGGGUAUGGACAUGAUAUAAUGAGCUGUAGGAAGCAUAAGCAACCUGCUACCUUAGCUCCUCAACCUGCAACAAAAAAGAAAGGGGAAGACACAGAAUGGAGGAAAGUGGAGGAGAAAAUAGGGGGUGUUCCAGUGGCACUUUCAGAUACAGAACCUCUCAAGUACUGCAUUGAGGAAUGUGGAUUGCAGGAUUUAAAACAGCAAGGCACUCUUCAUACAUGGUGCAACAAGCAAAUUGGAAGUGCUCGAAUAUAUGCAAAGCUGGACAGAAAAAUGGUGAAUGGGGACUGGGUUGAGCAGUAUAAUCACUCUAUUACCAUAGUACUAACAGAGGGGAUAUCAGAUCACUGCCCUCUGAUGGUUCAAUUGGAAAUGGAGAAGAAAGAAGGGGGGUUAGGCAUCUAUGAUGCAAGAACUUGGAAUGAGGCUGCCAUUUUGAAACAGGUAUGGUGGUUAGCAAAUGAAAAAGAGAAUCUCUGGCUGAGGUGGAUGCAUGAAGUAUACUUAAAGGGGAAAAGCAUUUGGGAAGUGGAUAAUAAAGUAGAUAGCAGCUGGUCGUGGAAGCAGAUCGUAAAGCUACGAGAUAAGGCGAAAGAAAGAUUUAAUGGGGGAAACUGGAAACUCAGCAAGAAUGGAAUAUAUAGCAUCAGCUCGGGGUAUAAAUGGCUUCAGAGGGAGGGUGAAAAGUUUUCUGCUGCACCUGUGAUCUGGUCCAGACUUAAUAUUCCCAAGCAUUCAUUUAUUGCUUGGCUAGUUUGGAAGGGAAGAGUCUGGACCAAAGACAGGUUAAGCCAUUUGAAUAUCCCUGUACAAGACCCACUAUGUUGUUUAUGUGAACAACAGGAAGAAUCACUUGACCAUCUAUUCUUCUGUUGUAAGUUUUCUAAGGACUUACUUAGCAAGAUUAAAGCAUGGCUAGGUCUUAGAAGAUUGUCUGUGCAGAUAAGUAAAUGA